GCAGACAGAAGAGAGCUUGUGCAGGAACUCCUCUGAAAACUGCCCCCAUCCCAUCCCAUCCCAUCCCAUCCCAUCUUUCUCUUUCUCCAAUUCUCUCUCUCUGUUGAAUAUUCACUCUCCAGUCCGACUCCGACUCCAGCUUCAGCCUCGUCCUUGCGAUUCGGGAUACUUACAAACUCUGCGUGAUUGUCUGUCUGCUGCUGCUUGCGUAGUACUUAUUAGCGACCACUUCUUCCGCUUUGCGUGAUCGGUGCGCGACAGCUCCUGUCCUGUACAAAAUACCCCGCAGUUGGUGUUGGUUGGUGUUGCAUUUCACACACGCACCCAUACAUAAUUCACAACAACAUCCCCAAGUUUGAAGCUCGACAACAAUCGCAAUCAUGUCUGAAGGCGCCGUGAAGCCCGCCAACCCGGUGGUCGCGGAGGCCCAUGAGGUCGACACUUUCCAUCCCCCCAAGAAGAUGUUCGCCAAGCAUCCCAGCAAACCCCAUCUCAGCGGUCUCGAUGAGUACCAGAAGCUGUACAAGGAGUCGAUCACCGAGCCCGACAAGUUCUGGGGCAAGAUGGCCCGCGAACUCCUCACAUGGCAGCGAGAUUUCCAAACCGUACACACGGGCACCUUCGCCAACGGCGACAACGCGUGGUUCCUCGAGGGUCAGCUCAAUGCCUCCUAUAACUGCGUUGACCGUCACGCGAUCAAGAACCCAGACAAGCCGGCCAUCAUCUACGAGGCCGACGACGAGGGCGAUGGCCGAACCCUCACAUACGGCGAGCUGCUGCGAGAGGUCUGCAAAACGGCCCACGUCCUCAAGCAGAUGGGUGUGCAGAAGGGCGACACCGUCGCUAUCUACCUGCCCAUGAUUCCCGAGGCUUUAAUUGCGUUCCUGGCAUGUUCCCGUAUUGGCGCUGUGCACUCAGUCGUCUUUGCUGGCUUCUCCUCCGAUUCUCUGCGUGAUCGUGUCAUUGACGCUCAGUCCAAGGUUGUCAUUACUACCGACGAGGGCAAGCGUGGUGGAAAAUUAAUCGGCACCAAGAAGAUCGUAGAUGAUGCUCUCAAGCAAUGUCCAGACGUGACCCACUGCCUGGUCUACAAGCGCACAGGCGCCAACGUCCCCUGGACCAAGGGCCGCGAUUGGUGGUGGCACGAGGAGGUCGACAAGUGGCCCGCGUACAUUGCUCCCGAGCCCAUGAACUCGGAAGACCCGCUGUUUCUGCUCUACACGUCUGGCUCGACGGGCAAGCCGAAGGGUGUCUUGCACACAACGGGUGGCUACCUGCUCGGUGCGGCGGCGACGGGCAAGUACGUGUUCGAUAUCCACGAUUCGGAUAAGUUCUUCUGCGGCGGCGACGUGGGAUGGAUUACCGGGCACACAUACGUCGUCUAUGCGCCUCUGCUGCUUGGUGUCGCGACCGUGGUCUUCGAGGGCACGCCCGCCUAUCCGAAUUUCUCGAGAUAUUGGGAUGUGAUUGCCAAGCAUGAGGUUACACAGUUCUAUGUUGCGCCAACAGCACUGAGACUCCUCAAGCGAGCCGGUGACCAGCACGUCAAGGCCCAGAUGAAGCACCUGCGAGUCCUGGGCUCGGUCGGUGAACCGAUCGCUGCGGAGGUCUGGAAAUGGUAUUUUGAAAUCGUUGGCAAGGAGGAAGCUCACGUUGUGGACACAUACUGGCAAACGGAAACAGGCUCGAAUGUCAUUACACCGCUUGCAGGCGUGACGCCCACCAAACCAGGAUCCGCCUCCCUCCCCUUCUUCGGCAUCGAGCCCGCGAUCAUCGAUCCCGUGUCCGGCGAGGAGAUCCACGGCAACGACGUCGAGGGCGUGCUGGCGUUCAAGCAACCAUGGCCUAGCAUGGCUCGUACGGUCUGGGGCGCUCAUAAGAGAUACAUGGAUACGUACCUGAAUGUGUACAAAGGCUACUACUUCACCGGCGACGGCGCAGGCCGCGACCACGAAGGCUACUACUGGAUCCGCGGCCGCGUCGACGACGUGGUCAACGUCUCGGGCCACCGCCUCUCAACCGCUGAAAUCGAAGCAGCCCUCAUCGAGCACCACGCCGUCGCCGAAGCAGCGGUCGUCGGCAUCAAUGACGAACUCACGGGGCAAGCGGUCAACGCAUUCGUGGCCAUCAAGGACGGAAACGAGAUCAACGACCAGCUGCGCAAAGACCUCAUUCUGCAGGUGCGGAAGAGCAUUGGGCCGUUUGCGGCGCCGAAGGCCAUCUUCGUGGUGCCGGAUCUGCCGAAGACGAGGAGUGGGAAGAUUAUGAGGCGGAUUUUGAGGAAGAUUUUAGCCGGGGAGGAGGAUCAGUUGGGGGAUACUUCUACGCUCUCCGACCCCUCAGUCGUAGAUAAAAUCAUCGAGACGGUGCACGAGUCGAGGAAGAAGUAAACAAAUUAUAAAAAGAAAUGAGAGAAAAGAAGAUAAGGUGCUGAGAGGAGUUUGAUGAUGUACUUUCGUUGUUUCUUGAGUGAGUGAGUGAGUGCGAUGUCAUGUACUCGUAGCUUUUGCUGCUUAGCUAGCUCGUUAGUCUGGAAUGGAAUGAAAUGGCAAAUUCUUUUGAAUACUGAAGAUUUUGAGAUGAGUGAGUGAGGGAGAAGUGAGGCGAGAACAUGAA